AUGAUGGCAAACGCUUGUUUUCGUCAAGCGAUCACAUCCACAAACAUCGCUAUGCAGUCAAUUGCUGACGAGCAGAACAAAGUGCUGGAUGAGCUGAGGAAAGAAGUCGCAUUAAACACUGCAAAAAUCAAUACAAUACUUGAGCGAACGCCGCUGCCAACUACACCUCAUCUUCCUAGAUCGCAGCUCACGUUAAACCUGCGUAAAAGGCCACGAUUAUUAAUUCCUGACGAAUCACCGCAGCGCGUGAAUACUUGUGAAGGUACCAAAGACAUCGAAGCAGAUGAUGCAAUACCGUUGGCUACUGCUAGAAAGGAUCAGCUUUUUUGGUUAUACCUGUCUGGUUUCGAUCCUAAAGCAACAGUGCAACAAUUAGAAAAACUCAGAGGAAUCGAUCGUUACGUCACCGCAUUAUCUCCAUUUAGCAACCGCCACUUAGAUGAUUCUACUGCUCACAACGAACAAAUAACAAACCUUUCGCACAACGAUACAUUAUGUCCAGCUGUUCGAAUUUCGAAUCAAAAUAACCAAGAUCACAUUGUUCCCGCUAUCGCAAAUCGCUCUUUGACUUUCUACCAACAAAACGUGCGAGGCCUCCGUACAAAAACUAAUAAAUUACUGCUGGCCCUGUCUCUGUGUGACUAUGACGUCAUCGCCCUUACAGAAACUUGGUUGCACCAUGAUAUCCGCAAUUCGGAACUUACACACAAUUAUGCCAUUUAUCGAUGUGAUAGAAACACACAGACCAGCCAGCACAGGCGCGGCGGAGGAGUUCUUAUUGCCGUUAAGAAUGAAUUUCGUAGCACUGCUGUUUGUGUCGCAGACAGCGAUCAGCUGGAGCAGGUUAUUGUUCGAAUCUCGUUAGAAAAAUUUGAUUUAAUUGCCUGCUGUGUGUAUCUGCCACCGAACAUUUUAUCAACCGGACUGUUCCAAAUAAACAAUGUAACGAAUUUCAAUGGAAGACUGCUCGAUCUAGCAUUCAUUAAUGAUAGUAGCCGAGUGGUAUUACUGGAGCCACCGUUACCAUUGCUGCCUAUUGACCAACAUCAUCGUCCUUUUGCUAUAACAUUUGAGUUUGCCUAUGAUGAGAGAGACGAUUUUAAAGUUACGAGCCCACUCAAUUUCGAUUUUAACCGAUGUGACUUCGAGUUGUUAAACAGACUGUUUGCUGAGACUCGCUGGGAGGAAAUUCUUUCUGACUGCAAUGCUGAUGAUGCUGUUGUACGAUUUUACGAGCAUGUCUACGAUAUCCUGCACGGGGCUGUGCCUACAAAGCAACAAUUUGGUCAACGUCUCCGUAAACAACCGUGGUGGAACAACCAGCUACAGCAUCUGCGAAACCGACUCCGCAAGGUAAGGAAAAAGUUUUUUAGGUGGAGAGAUGAGAGGCACAAAGCUGAGCUGCGUGACAUUGAGAGCGAAUACAACUCUUUGCAUGCGCACUGCUUUCGCUGCUAUAUUCGCCGCGUGGAAGACAACAUCAAACAUGACCCUGCAUCGUUUUGGGCGUACAUAAGGAACCGGAAGCAACAAGGCGGAAUUCCUCAACGUGUGCGUUACCUGGACACUGCAGCCGAAACCCCGCUAGAGGCAGCAAACUUGUUCUCAUCCUUCUUCCGAACUGUGCAAAGUACAAACUUACCACCUUCGUCUGAAGAGUAUUUGAGCAGUUUGCCGCUGUUCGACUUGAACAUGCCGCUUUUCAACUUUUCGCUUAAUGAUGUGACGUCGAAGCUGCGAUCUAUUGAUGGAUCGAAAAGCGCCGGACCGGACAGACUGCCGCCUCUACUUUUUAAAAACUGUGCUGUGACGCUCGCUAUUCCUGCAUCGAUUAUUUUCAACUUAUCGAUGUCGGAAGGAAAUUUCUCGAGUGUGUGGAAGACUGCUGCUAUUACACCCGUACAUAAAGCAGGUAGUAUGAACGACGUCUCAAACUACCGAGGAAUUUCGAUUUUGAGUUGUUUGCCAAAGGUUUUCGAAAGUCUUAUCCAGGACUCGCUUUACCCGAAAAUACAUCAUAUGAUUUCGGAACACCAGCACGGAUUUGUUAAAAAACGUUCGACAGUUACCAACAUGAUUGCCUAUGUUUCUGCUUUGACGAGAGCGCUCGAAAAGCGCCAGCAAGUUGACGCCGUUUACGUUGAUUUUGCUAAAGCUUUCGAUAGAGUGCCACACCUUCUGAUGGUUACCAAGCUGCAAAAAAUGGGAUUUUCUUCAUGGCUGACUCAGUGGAUACUGUCGUAUCUAACCGAUCGAAAUGCUUUUGUACGUGUGCAUGGUACUAAUUCACUUCCAUUUGAAAUUCGAUCAGGUUUGCCCCAAGAAAGUCACUUGGGCCCACUGCUAUUCAUUCUUUUUGCAAACGAUCUGUGUUCAACUAUAAAAUCUCCAAAGUACAUGUUCGCGGAUGAUCUAAAGUUUUAUCGUGUAAUAUCAUCGAGAGUUGACUGUUGUGCUAUACAAUCGACAUAG